AUGUCUGCAUCAAUUCCUAACACUUCAUCAUCUAUUCCAUCAGAAUCCAUCCCAUCAUCCAAUUCAGCAUCCACAGCUUCUUCUCACCCUGUUAUCUCUGGUAACUCUGGUGAAACUUGUCCUUAUCAUUCCGCAGGUUCUUCCUGUGAUUUGUUAACUUGGAAGAACCCAAUUAAGACCGGUAAGAUCUUUGGUGCUAUCAUCUUUGGAUUGAUCAUUUUCAAGACUGUCAAUUUGUUCAAUAUCUUCUUCCACUUGGCAUACAUUGGCUUAUUGGUCUCUGCUGCUGCUGAAUAUUCCGGUAAAUUGAUUACUGGUAAGGGAUUCCUUUCAAACUUUAAAUACCCAAACAAAUUCAGUGCUAAGAAGUUCAACGAUCAAGUCUUGCCAGAAUUGGCUCGUAUCAAUGUUCAUUUUGAAGAAAGCUUGAACAGAAUUGUUUAUGCCCACGACAUUGAAACUACCUUGAAGGCUGCUGGUUUAUCUUAUGUUCUUUACAAAUUGACUUCUUGGUUUUCUUUGUAUGUUUUGAUUUUUGUUUCUGUCAUCUUGGUGUUCACUGUUCCUUUCAUUUACACUACUUACAAGAAGGAAAUUGAUGCUGCUGUUAGCGAUGCCACCAAGAUUGUCAAAUCCAAGACUACUGAAUACACUGAAAAGGCUCACAAAGCUGCUGGUCCUCACAUUGAAAACUUGAUCCAAAAGACCGGUCCAGUUGGUGCAUUUGUCAAAUCAAAGAUCCCAGUCAGAACUGCUGGUUCCACUGUUGGUGAAUCAAGAGCCACCUCAUACGGUACUGAUGCUGACAACAAAAUCAACACUUCUACUGCCACCCAAGCCUCUGAACCAAUUACCACUGCACACACCACCGGUGCUUCUCAAUUCCCAGAUGUCCCAACUUCCAACUUGCACUCUUCUUCUGUUCAAGAAGUAGCUGAUAAAGUUGCCGCUGAUGUUGACGAAUUUGCUGAUUCCACUGAAGAAUCAUUCAAACCAACAUUGAACUAA